AUGAGCACUUCCCAUCAGCAGGCCGUGCCACUUCCCGCCCAUGCCUCAACAGUAUCGACCAGCACAUUACCUCCCGCCCAAAAGAAUGCUCGCAUACCCUAUCCCGACAUGUUAAGUUCACCUCCGGUUCCUCCGCCGAGGACCUCGUCAACAAACCACAGCCGGCGCAGUCCAAAUGGAACGACAGAAAAAAGCAGCUCCCGACAAGGCAAGAGCAGGUCGGAUCGAAAAGAAAACCGUGAUCGCACAAGAGACGACCGCAAUGGCCGAUCAAGGCGACAGCAACCCGAGGAAACCUCCCGCGAAAGACAGCAAUCAAGGACGGCACCAGUUGUAAACCCCUCCGAUUCGGAAUUGGACAACAUUACCGACCAAGGGAAUUUGGUGAAGGAGCCAAGCACAGUAAUCAACUCCAUGUUGGUCAGUGAUCCCAUUGUAGAUCAAGAACGAGAGCAAGUGCGACAAACAGGUGCGGAAAAUGCCUCUUCAUCUGGAUUCGCUGCUGGUAGCGACGGCACCGAGGAGGCUCGCGGACCUCGGAGUCGACAUGAUUAUGCCAACAAUGGAAACGUUGUCAAACGCAAAGAAACCACCUUCGGAUCGUACAUUCUCGGGCAAACUCUCGGCGAGGGUGAAUUCGGAAAGGUCAAAUUGGGAUGGAAGCGCGAUGGCAGUAUCCAAGUGGCUAUCAAACUAAUCCGAAGGGACACACUGGGACACAACCCCAGCAGAUUACCGAAGAUUUACCGUGAGAUUGCCAUUCUUCGCGAGUUAGCUCAUCCAAACAUUGUGCGCCUUCACGAAAUGGUGGAGACCGAUCGCCAUAUUGGCAUCAUCAUGGAAUAUGCAUCCGGGGGUGAGCUAUUCGACUACAUCUUGAACAAUCGGUAUCUUAAGGACAACUCUGCUCGCCGACUAUUUGCUCAGCUGGUCUCCGGAGUUGGUUACCUACACAAGAAGGGUAUCGUUCAUCGCGAUCUCAAGCUUGAAAAUUUGCUACUUGAUCGAAACCGCAACAUCAUCAUUACCGAUUUUGGAUUCGCCAACACCUUCGACCCGGUGGACCCGUUAGACGAGGAGAUUGAAUAUAACCUGACCAACAAAGAAUAUGUGAAGCGAAAGCGUCUAGACAAGACUGGCCCCAAUGGGUUACGGCGAGGUGAUCUGAUGCAAACUAGCUGUGGGAGUCCGUGUUAUGCAGCUCCCGAGCUUGUUGUGAGCGACUCUUUGUACACAGGCCGAAAGGUGGACGUUUGGAGUUGUGGCGUUAUCUUGUAUGCCAUGUUGGCUGGAUAUCUUCCCUUCGAUGACGACCCAGCAAACCCAGACGGCGACAAUAUUAACCUUCUUUACAAAUACAUCGUCACCACCCCUCUCACAUUCCCCGAAUAUGUAACACCACACGCCCGCGAUUUAUUGAGAAGGAUACUAGUCCCUGAUCCUCGGAAACGUGCGGACUUGUUUGAGGUUGCCCGACACAGCUGGUUGAGCGAGUUCUCAAACGUUGUGUCUCACAUCACUAGCAGCACAACUAACGUCGUGGACAUUGCCAACACAACAAUUCCGUCCGAAACACAAAAGGAAGCACCGCCUCUCGUCCGCAGCGCUUCUGUACGCGAGCCACCAAAGCCAGCCCAAAGCAAUGUUGCGGCUGUUGGUGGCUUAAGCCACCACGCUGGAGAUGUUUCUCAAGAUCCACCAUCCGAAAAGUCCCGGACACCACGCGAUGCCAAACGCAGGACAGUACAAGUCGAGUAUGUCGCACCUCAAUCACAAACGACCCGCGGAGAACCCCCAGCGGAGCAACCUGCCCCACGCAGUCGAAUUCCUGUACCUGCAGAGGCCCAGACUUCUGCUUCUGCGCAUCAGCCCGCAGAGCCAGUGCACAAGCCUGCAGAAGCACCCGCACUCAACCUCAACAAGCCACUUCCAGGACACUUCCCGCGCUCGACAUCGGACAAUGCAGCUCUUACCGGGUCGCAUUCUGCCAUUCCCCAAGGCACACGCCCGGCUACUGGUGGUUCAAUGAACUCCUUCGGAAAUACUGGUCGCUUGCCCUCGCGCGGCUCAUAUGGCCAGCCUGUGGCUCCGACUGUUACCGCAACUAAUACUCAAGGUAGCCUGGCACAGCCUAAGAGCAGGCAGUUCGCUCUCGCACAGGACCCCACACACGCAUCAAACUCGUCGGUCAACCGUCCGACCACCCAGAGCCAGAAUUUGCCUCCUACUUUCAACACAACUCCUCGGCAAGAGCCACCAAAAGGCCACAAGAGGUCCAACACUGUGUCGAGUUUGAGCGACAAGCUCUUCGGACGUUCUGGUUCAAUCUUGGGUGGCCGUGCUGCACAGUCUAAUGCCCCUCGCUCAAAACAAGACAAGCGUUAUCCUCCAGUCAGCAUGAAGGAACCCCUAGGAAGAGAAAACUCGAGAAUGUCGAUGGAUUCUCGCCGUUCUAUGCAAUAUCCUCACAAUCGCAAGAUAAGUGAGUCUGGCCAGGAGAAUCGCCCUCGUCGAUUUACCCUUCUACCGCAGUCUUUCUCAUUCCGAGGAUUUUCCACCGCUCGAGCCCAGACUCCAGAAGAAACAUCGCCUAGCCCCCAUCUCGUCGAUCCUCGUGCCCCGCAACGCCCCGCGACAGGCCCUGCAGGCCUGCCGCAGGUUCAGGGCCAGGGCCGUUCUCGCGCGACAAGCUAUGGCACCCAAGAUGCCAUGGGAAUGGUCAGCGAGCGACCCGGCGAGGACAUCCAGCAUGAGUCCGCACCCCUCAGCUACGAGGCUCAGAUAGAUCGACAAUUCGCCGACCUGGGUUCUCAAUUCGGCCAACAGAACAACUCCUUUGAGAUACCCUUGGCUGAACAGGUCUACCAAAACUCCGCAGACCAGUACUCCGAUCAUAGUCAGGGUUACGGAACCAAACCGAACUUCUACGACGACUACAACGACAACACGUAUGACCGUGUGCCCCGGCAAUCAAUGCAGGGAGGUCGAUCAGGACGUGGGCCGGGAGUGUUGCAAAAGAACAACCGCAAGUUUGCCGAUGCCUACGAGUAUGAGCGCGAUGGAUCACAUAAUUCCGGUAGCUCUGGCGCAGCUCGCAAAGUGAUGGAUUUCUUCCGAAGACGUGCCAAGUCUAGGGCUGGCGAUGAUCGUUGA